AUGAUGGGCAGUUCCUGGCAGCAGAAAGAGCUCCUACUUCUCGUGCUGUACGCCAUCAUUUUCUAUACCAUUGUUAUUCGUCGCUCUCUGCAGCUCUCGCAUGAUCAUGAUGCCAAGCUUUAUGGACUGCACCCAGGCUGGAUUGGGAGUCUGCCUAAUGAUGCCUCCGACGCCCAAUGGAGAAAUUUCAGGGGGAACUUGCCCACUCUCACCAUGGUGUUUGUUAUAUUUACAUUGGUUGCCAAAGUGCUUCGAUCAUCGUUUUCUUUGGAAGCAAAGGGGAUGUCCGUUGUCUGGACUAUGAUCUCCUUGGCUUAUCUAUCAUAUCUACAUGGAGCCUGUAUCAUGUUUAUAAUUGCUAUUGCAUCGGCUAAUUUCUUCCUCGUAAAGAUGUUUGGAAGAACAAAAUACUUCUCACUUGUGCUCUGGAUUUUUAACUUAUCAUUUCUUGUCUGUAAUCGUAUUUAUGAGGGAUACAAAUUCUCCAGUUUUGGACAACACUGGGCUUUCUUGGAUUACUUCCGGGGCACCUUCAGAUGGCAUAUCUGCUUCAAUUUUGUUGUACUGCGUAUGAUAAGCUUUGGAUAUGACUACCAUUGGACUGAUGAAAAUACUCGUUUUGAUAGAAAGAAGCAUGUUCAGAAUUGUGACCAUUGUUCAUCAGGCAAGACAUGCUACCUGAUCUUACAGGAAAAAAGAGUUACAUCUGACAAGUUCUCUUUUCCAAUAUACUUGUGCUAUUUGGUGUAUGCACCUCUUUAUAUUGCGGGGCCAAUCAUUAGUUUCAACGCAUUUGCUUCGCAGUUGGAUUCUCCCCAGAGCAUUUACUCAACUCCAGAUGUAGCUUGGUAUGGUUUUCGUUGGGGUUUUAGUCUUUUGUUGAUGGAAUUAAUGACACAUCUCUUUCACUAUAACGCCUUUGCCAUCAGUCGCUUGUGGAAACAAUUGUCUCCCAUGGACAUCUUCAUAAUUGGUUAUGGUGUUCUCAACUUCAUGUGGCUGAAAUUUUUCCUGAUCUGGCGCUACUUCCGAUUUUGGUCAAUGGUUAAUGGCAUUGUGGCUCCUGAGAAUAUGCCUAGAUGUGUAAACAACUGCCACAACCUAGAAAGUUUUUGGAAAAAUUGGCAUGCUUCAUUCAACAGAUGGCUUGUUCGGUAUGUGUAUAUCCCACUUGGGGGUUCUCAAACAAAGCUGCUGAAUGUAUGGGCCGUCUUCACCUUUGUUGCUGUGUGGCAUGAUUUAGAGUGGAAGCUUCUUUCUUGGGCGUGGUUGACAUGUAUAUUUUUUAUUCCAGAAAUGCUUGUAAAAUCUGCAGCAGCUGCCUUUCCGGUUGAGGGUGCUUUCUGGGAAUUUGUUUUUCGUGAACUUAGAGCUGUUGCUGGUGCAAUCACUAUAACUUGUCUGAUGGUAGCUAAUCUUGUUGGUUUUGUAAUUGGGCCAUCUGGCAUUAAUUGGUUGGUUUCUGGAUUCCUCCAAAAGGAAGGUCUGCCCACACUUUUUGCCUUGCUCGUGUCAUUCUAUGUUGGGACCAAGCUUAUGUUUCACAUCUCAGAUGCAAAGCAAAUAAGAAGGCAGGAUAGGACCAGAUGA